UGCCAAAUGGGAUUCUAUCUCUAAUAUCUCUGGCUGAUCCGGCUCCCGCUGAGUUCAAGUUCGAUAUUCAUUUGAGUUGAAGUCAACGUGUGUCUGUCAUAAGGUAACCAUGGUUGACAGAGGAAGAACAAUGGAAGAACAAUGAUACCAAGCACUGCCCUCCUUUUGAAGCUUCCAGUCUGUUAUUCGAACUCAAUCAGCAUGACAGAGUGAUCUCCAGCCUUGUCCUCGUUAACACAGGUCCGCCUAAGAUAGACUUGACAAUGUCCAUGAUGGUGUACCCGAGGAGGCAAGAGAAGCUGGAGAAGUUGUCCCAGGAGGAGAUCAUCUCCAACACCAAGCUGGUAAUCCAGGGCCUGGAGGUGCUGAAGAAUGAGCACAACUCAUUCCUGCACAGCCUGCUGGAGACCAAGUGCCUGAAGAAAGAUGAGGAGGCCAACCUGGUGCAAGAGAAGUCCAGCCUGCUGCGCAAGUCUGUGGAGAGGAUUGAGCUGGGCCUGGGUGAAGCACAGGUGAUGAUGGCCCUGUCUAACCAUCUGAACGCGGUGGAGUCUGAGAAGCAGAAGUUGCGAACCCAGGUGCGUCGGCUAUGCCAGGAGAACCAGUGGCUCAGGGACGAGCUGGCCAACACCCAGCAGAAACUGCAGAAGUGCGAGCAAAGCGUGGCUCAGCUGGAGGAGGAGAAGAAUCACCUGGAGUUCAUGAACCAGCUCAAGAAGUACGACAAGUACACCGAGGAGAAGGAUGGCGAGCCCCCCAAGGACUCUCUGGAUGAUCUCUUCCCCAACGAUUUUGAGGAGCAAGGCCAAGGCAGGCAGAACAACAGUGCGGCGGUGGCUGCAGCCCAGCAAGGAGGCUAUGAGAUCCCGGCCCGCCUGAGGACCCUCCACAACCUGGUGAUCCAGUAUGCCUCACAGGGCCGCUACGAGGUGGCCGUGCCCCUCUGUAAACAGGCCCUGGAGGACCUGGAGAAGACCUCCGGACACGACCACCCUGACGUGGCCACCAUGCUCAACAUCCUGGCCCUGGUCUACAGGGAUCAGAAGAAAUACAAAGAGGCUGCCCAUCUGCUCAACGACGCGCUGUCCAUCCGGGAGAAGGCUCUCGGCAAAGACCACCGCGCUGUUGCCGCCACCCUCAACAAUCUUGCCGUACUCUAUGGGAAGAGGGGCAAGUACAACGAGGCCGAGCCAUUGUGCCAGAGAGCCCUGGAGAUAAGAGAAAAGGUAGGCCACAUCCCUGGACCUCGUAUCUUUUACAUUCCUGAUAUUGCUCAGAUCACCUCAAAACACACUUAUCUUGGCCUCAGUUCUGAUAUAAAUUCUCGAAUCAAUGCUGAAUGAAAUUCCUGUGAUAAUUAUAAUAAUGGGUGAUUUAAAAAAACAAACAAAAAAAUGUCAAUGGAACAAUUGUUAUAAACGGGAGGUAAAAAGUAAAGUUAUGUUCUUAAUGCAUCUAUGAAGUUCCCUUCAGUGGUCAUCUUGUCUGAAGCAAUUACAAGGAUUAAUUGAGAUCACAUUAAGCAAAAGUGAUAACGGCGAGGGGUAGAGAGAGAGAGGUA